GUCCGGAGUUAUCGGGUAAGCUAAGUGGCUCACAUCAUCCAACCAAUCGUAUCAACAGAUCCUAAAUUAGAGUUCAGAAAACACCUUACUACUCGGUCAUCGUGCAAUAGUAUCUGGUUAUUCUUUGUUCUGGCUGACGAUCACCCUUGCAUCACAUACCCUGAACAUGUCGAAGUUCAUUGCCGAGACGUGGAGCCCGAUUACCAAGCCAGGACUACCAUCGACACCAUAAAGAUCGAAGAACAGUUGAGGUCUUGAAACUAUAAAAUCCCAUAUGAAGCAUAUGUCCAGGCUUUGUAAAUAUGAUACUUAUCCGCUCUUUACUUGUUCAUCAAAUAACGAUUACAACACCUCCAACAUGUCUCGCUACGCCGAAGCCCACGCCAACCCCCAAGGUCCUGGUGAUGCAAGACCAACAGCGCUUCAAAUCGUUAAAGAUGAAAACCUCCUAAACAAACUCACCGACAAAGUCGUCCUUAUCACAGGCGGCAAUCAAGGCAUCGGACUAGAAACCGCUCGAGCUCUCCACGCAACUGGAGCGACGGUCUAUAUCACCGCCCGGUCUCCAGAAAAGAUCCAGCAGGGCAUCAAUGACAUCAUUUCAUGGCCGGAAGCAAAGUCGGAGGCACCUGUCCACGGAAUUGAACUCAGGCUUGACUCGUUGAAGUCUGUACGAGCCGCUGCCAAAGGCUUCCUGGCCAAGGUUGAUAAGCUGAACAUUCUUAUCCUCAAUGCAGGAGUCAUGGCUACUCCCGAGGGGAGAACUGAGGAUGGUUUCGAGACGCAGUUUGGAACCAAUCAUCUUGGACAUUUCCUCUUCUUUCGGCUUCUCAAACCGGCCCUUCUGGCAGCCACCACGCCAUCCUUCCAAUCUCGUGUCAUCUCCGUUGCGUCAAAAGCUCACCGCUUUGGAGCUAUUCGCUGGGAUGACUUUAACUUCGAAAAGGAGGCUUACAAUCCCUGGCUAGCAUAUGGUCAAUCCAAAACAGCGAAUAUCUACUUCGCAGCCGAGCUUGACAGGCGAUAUGCAGAUCAAGGUCUUCAUGGCUUGUCAGUGCAUCCUGGGUAUAUACUUACCAACUUGGGGAAGCAUAUUGACCUGGACACGCUUGACUUGGAUGGGCCGUUGAAGAAUGCUUUGAGGAACAAAGCCCAGGGCGCUGCUACGACUGUUUAUGCGGCAGUGAGUAAAGAUUGGGAAGGUCGUGGUGGGAAGUAUCUGGCUGAUUUUGUGGAGGAAAGACAGGUGAGGCCGGGUGUAGAGCCGACGUCGCCUGAACUUGGACAUGCUGCGUGGAUCUAUGACGAGGAAGCAGAACGAAAGCUCUGGGAGUUGUCCGAGGGACUUGUUGGCUGGCAAAAUGGCCCGGAGUAAAAGGCAGAUCACUUUGGAAGACAUGCCUUCGCUAGAUUGGGUAGUCGGAACUCCCAGAGCCCUGUUUACCUUGGCUGCAUAAUCUUGGGACUUCUGAGUUGCAGUGGCCAUAGUUAAGCCAUAGCCCUUUUAUGCGAGUGUUACAAUAUAGGCAUCGUUAUCCGUGAGUGCUAGACCUCAGUGAGUAUUUG